UGUCGCGCAGAUUCCGCCUCAGCGAGUCAUUGAGCUCGUCCGGGGGCCCGGCGUUGUCGGGCACGCGCGCCUCUUCCACCGCCGCCCUCCCCCUCCCCUUUCCUCCUUGUUCGGCGGUUGGGCUGUGUGCGUGCCCGCGCGCGCCUGUGCGCGCGCAGUGGAGAGGCACCAGCCGCGGCCUUGCUCUUUCCCUCUCUCCUUUUUCCCUUUCCCCUGCUGAGCCCCGAGCGGGACAGUCUCGGCCUCCCCUUCGUCGCCGCUUUCGUCUCCCUCCGGCUUCUCUCUCCGGGUUAGGUGGAAGCGGGCCCGGGGACCGGUUCCCCCCCCUCCCCAACACACACACAGACACAGACACUUCGCGCCCCGGCGGAGACCAUGGCGGCGAGCGCCAAGCGGAAGCAAGAGGAGAAGCACCUGAAACUGCUGAGGGAGAUGAGCAGCCUCCCGCCCAACCGCAAGUGCUUCGACUGUGACCAGCGCGGCCCCACCUACACCGACAUGACGGUGGGCAGCUUCGUGUGUACCUCCUGCUCCGGCAUCCUGCGAGGUUUAAAUCCACCUCACAGAGUGAAGUCCAUUUCCAUGACCACGUUUACACAGCAGGAAAUAGAAUUUCUUCAGAAGCAUGGGAAUGAAGUAUGUAAACAAAUUUGGCUAGGAUUAUUUGAUGAUAGAUCAUCAGCAAUUCCAGACUUCAGGGAUCCACAAAAGGUCAAGGAAUUUCUACAAGAAAAAUACGAAAAGAAAAGAUGGUAUGUUCCACCAGAACAAGCAAAAGUUGUGGCAUCUGUCCAUGCAUCUAUAUCUGGAUCUUCAGCUAGUAGUACAAGCAGUACACCAGAAGUCAAGCCACUUAAAUCUCUCCUGGGAGAGUCUACACCAGCACUGCACUUAAACAAGAGUACUCCAUCUCAAUCUCCUGUUGUAAUUCGGUCUCAAGGACAGUCACAAGAAAAGAAACAGUUUGAUCUUCUCAGUGACCUUGGUUCGGACAUAUUUGCUGCCCCUGCUCCUCAGUCUUCAGUUACAGCAAAUUUUGCAAAUUUUGCACAUUUCAACAGUCAUACAGCGCAGAACUCUGCAAAUGCAGGUUUUGCAAACUUUGAUGCAUUUGGACAGUCUAGUGGUUCGAGUAAUUUUGGUGGUUUCCCCACAGCAAGUCAGUCUGCUUUUCAGCACCAAAAUACAGCGUUCAGAACGCUUUCAUCUAGCUGCAGUUUUGGUGAAUUUACUACUUCUGCUUUCCCUCUCCAGGCUAUGCGCAGUGGAAGCGCUGGAUCAAUGAAUGCUAACUUUGCACAUUUUGAUAACUUCCCCAAAUCCUCCAGUGCUGAUUUUGGAGCCUUCAGUGCUUCUCAGAGCAACACAACUGCAGCCAGUAAAACUGCAGUGAAUAAACCGAAUCUCCAGUCAGCAGAUAAAUAUGCAGCUCUUGCUAAUUUAGAUAAUAUCUUCAGCACAGGGCAAGGUGGUAGUGAGCAGGGAAGUGGCUUUUCUGCCAGUCCGGCACCAGCAGGUCCUACCGUGUCAGCCCCAAAUCAGACAAGUACAUCUUCAGACAAGUAUGCAGCUCUAGCAGAAUUAGACAGUGUGUUCAGCUCCACAGCAACCUCUAGUAAUGCAUAUACUUCCACCAGUAAUGUUAGCAGCAAUGCUUUUGGAACAGUGCCAGUGGGUGCUAAUACACAUACACAGCCUGCAUCAUCAAAUGUUCCUGGUCAAUAUGGAGCAGCAUCGUCCACAAAUCCUUUCGUGGCUGCCCCUGUAGCUGCCAUAGCUCCUUCAACGAAUCCAUUCCAAACCAAUAACAGAGGACCAUCAGGCCUUUCAGGAGCAAUGCAUUCUCACAUGUUUCCUCAGGCUCACUUUGCAGCGACAUUUGGCACAGCAUCCAUGAGUAUGCCUGCAGGAUUUGGAACAACUGCCUCAUAUAGUCUUCCUACUAGCUUUAGUGGCAACUUCCAACAGCCUUCAUUUCCACCCCAGGCAGCCUUUCCUCAGGCGGCUUUCACCCAGCAAGCUAAUGGUGCAGGAUUUGCUGCAUUUGGACAGGCAAAACCAGUAGUAACUCCAUUUGGGCAAGUUACAGCUGUUGGAGUAUCUAGUAAUCCUUUUAUGGCUGGUGCACCAGCAGGGCAAUAUCCAACAGGAAGCUCAUCAACCAAUCCUUUCUUAUAGCCUUAUAGACACUUUAU